GCCGGUGCCGCCGCCGGUGCCGGGCAUGGCCCAGCUCGGCGCCAUCGCCGCCCUCGCCCUCGGCAUCGCGGCCGCCGCGCUGCUCUCGGCCGUGCACAAGAUCGACGAGGGCCUGAGAUCUGUGGGGUGCUCACCCUCCUGUCCCUGCUCCCUUCCCCCUCUCUCCUCUCCAGUGUACGACAUCGUGAAGAACUACACGGCYGACUACGACAAAGCUCUSAUCUUCAACAAGAUCCACCAYGAGCUGAACCAGUUCUGCAGUGUGCACACGCUGCAGGAGGUGUACAUCGAGCUGUUUGAUCAGAUUGAUGAAAACCUGAAACUGGCCUUGCAGCAGGACCUAACCACGAUGGCCCCCGGAUUAAUUAUACAGGCAGUUCGAGUUACAAARCCAAACAUCCCAGAAACAAUCCGGAGGAAUUACGAGCUGAUGGAGAGUGAGAAGACAAAGCUGCUGAUUGCAGCCCAGAAGCAGAARGUGGUGGAGAAGGAGGCAGAGACGGAGAGGAAGAAAGCCCUGAUCGAGGCAGAAAAGAUUGCACAAGUUGCUGAAAUAACUUAYGGGCAGAAAGUGAUGGAAAAGGAAACAGAGAAGCGAAUUUCAGAGAUUGAAGAUGCUGCAUUUCUUGCACGAGAGAAGGCCAGAGCUGAUGCUGAGUGUUACACUGCAAUGAAGGUGGCYGAGGCCAACAAGCUCAAGUUAACUCCCGAGUAUUUGCAGCUUAUGAAGUACAARGCAAUUGCAGCCAACAGCAAGAUCUACUUUGGCAAAGAUAUUCCCAACAUGUUCAUGGACUCUGCAGGGAGCCAGAGCAAAUCUGCAGAGGGACUGGCAGAAGGAAUCCACGAGGAGGAUGGRGCAGGAACCAGUGAGGACACAAAACUACUUCAUAACAUCAACUGAAGAGAAAGAUUUCUAUUCGUUUUAUAUCAAAAAAAAAAUCAUGAACUGGGAAGUUCCUUUUUGUUUCUCCCCUUUCCUAUGCUGAAAGAGAUGAAUCAGAUUUAAUCCUUUCAAUCUUUGGUAUGACAAUUAGACACACAAGGACUUUGGUAUUUAUGGGGUGGGUUUUUUUGGUAAUUUCUAAGCUCUAGGUAUGUUUUGUAGCUGCAGAAUCCUUGUCAUGCAGACCAAGGAUUUAGGAGGCAGCUGUAUGGGAACCUAAUUUGGGAUUGAGGUGGUUUGUAGCAGUUGGAGGUAAAGAAAUACUGAGGUUUUAGAGGGAGGGGAAUCACUGCUACAACUUGUUCUGGUUUGUUUUUUUUUUUUUUUUCUUAAUGGAAAUUCCAAAUACUUUAUUUCAAUCCCCUUUGAAAACAAGGUGCUAGAUUUUUUACACUACAGGUGGCUGCUGAGCCCACAUGAGGUGACCCCAUGAGAGACAGAGGAUCCUGAAAGUUCCCCUCACUGGGGGAUCAAAGCCUUAGACCACACGUCACGCAGGGAGUGACCCAAAAUUCAUUUUCUAUGUUUUGUUUUCCAUUUGUCACGUUUUUUAUAGGGCACAGCAGAGUUUUCCCAGCAGCGUCCUGGAGUGCAGAGUUGGGUGGGAUUUUCAGUGAAGGUCACAGUCAGAGAAAAUGAGGGAGGGAGCAAUUUCUGUCUCAGGGAGCCUGAUUUUGCAAAAGGCCUUGCAGUGACCAGAUGGUCCUUCAGCUCUUUAACUCUGCAGGAUCUCAGUGUUUACAGUGUCUGACUGGAAAAAGGACCCUCAGCUGAGCUGAAAGGAGCAGAACUGAAUUCCUGUGGGAUUGGGUCUGAAAGGACUCGUGGAAAGCAGAUUUAGAGCUGGCCAAGGACAAACCAUCAUCCUGGAAUGACAGGGCAAAGAAAAGCAGCUCUUCCUGMACUACCCAAAGAUGGAUUCCCCUUUUUCUCUCAAAACAAUCCCAGAAUGUACCUUCCACCCCAUCCCAAACACAAGGAGGGAACAGGGUUUUGUUUUCCAAAAUUGGAAGACAAAAAUUCAGGCCUAGAGAGAAGCUUUUUUCUUCUUUUCCCUUCCUAAUCCAUCUGCAUUUGGCAGCAGAGCCUGGUGAUUAAUUGCUGAUACAAUUUGAGGCCAAUAUCCUCAUGUGAGAUGAUGCCAGAGACCAGCCUGGCACAUUUACAGGCUCCUGCCCCAAAUUUUUGCUUCCCACUAGCCCUGGUGUCACUCCUCAGUGUUUAAACCUUCAUCAAUCUGUGUGACACUGAGAGAUCUUGGAUGAAUCUCAGCUGCUGGCUCCAUGGUUCUCAGAGCAGUUUUCUCUGUUGAUGCUUGAAAAGGCAAAAUAGAAAUUAAGAAUCAGUUCCUGCUGGAGAAAAGUUCCAUCCUCUUUGUAUUUCUUGGAAAAUAGGAGCAAAGGCAAGUCCCAUCUCCAGAAUUUCAUCAAACAACUGCAUCCCCAGGGAGGCUCUGAUGUUCCUGAUUAUAACAGGGAAUAGCAGAAAUUUAGCACUGAGGAUGAGCUCAUUUGAGAUUGUUCUACRUUUCUGCUCGAGGUUUCCAUCAGCAGCUCAAACCUCCUUUUACACAAAUAUUUUCACUAAUAAAAGGACCCAACUAAGCCAAAGUAAUUUUUUUUAUGUGUGACUUCACAGCAAGACAGUAGCUUGGGAUGAAAAGCUCUUAAUGAUUUUUUUUUUUUAAUUAAAACCCUGACUGCUGAAACAYUAGUGUGAUUUAGUUAAAUUAAUACUAAGAGUAAAAAAGCAAAAGCGAAUUUGAGUGUAUCAGUUUUUCACAAGCCAAAAUCUGUUGUUGUGUCUUCAUUCAGAUUUCUUCACUCUGUCCAACGUCCCAAAUUUUCCAGAGUGGAUCUGUCUCCAUGUAAACCUUUAUUCCCUCUGGCUCUUUAAAGAGCAACUCUAACAGGUUUUUUAUAAUCUUGAUAUGAAGAUCUGAACUUUAAACCCACUCUAUGACAAAGGGAACAGAGGUUUGUGACACUGCUGAUAUUUGGGAAUGGCUGUUGGGAGCGUGGAAAUGCUCCACCASUGCAGUCUUUGAUCUUCUUAUGUACUGAACUCAAAGCCUUUUUAUUUUGGUAUUUGCUAUGACAAUAAAAUGGCCUUCAAUUUUAGAAUCUUCC